AUGGCCUACACAUUCAACACCACCAAGAGUCACUCAACUGCUGACUUCAUCGAGGCGGAUUUCAAAUACGAAACCACCCAAGUCGAAGUCAAACCAGAAGGUGUAGUCUGCACUCCAAAAUCACAGGACUACAAGUUCAAGGUUAACAAGAAGGUUCCCAAGAUGGGCCUUAUGAUGAUUGGAUGGGGUGGAAACAAUGGUACCACUGUCACUGCUGGUAUUUUGGCCAACAAGCAUCACCUUUGCUGGACCGACAAGAGAGGUGUCCAUGAACCAAACUAUUAUGGCUCAUACACCCAGAGCGCUACUAUGAGACUUGGUAUCACAACUGAAGGUGAAGAAAUCUAUGCCCCAUACAAAGAGAUCCUCCCAAUGGUCUGCCCAGACGAUAUUGUCCUUGGUGGAUGGGAUAUCUCUAAGACUAAUAUGGCUGAUGCUCUUAAGAGAGCUCAAGUCGUCGACUAUGACUUGCAGAAGCAAUUGUACCCAUACAUUAAAGAUUGGGUCCCAUUACCAUCUAUCUACUACAAGUCCUAUAUUGCCGCUAACCAAGACGACAGAGCCGACAACGUCAUCCCAGGCAAUAAACAAAAUCACUUGGACACCGUCAGAAAGAACAUUAGAGACUUCAAAGCGGCCCAUGGUCUUGACAGAGUUGUUAUCUUGUGGACUGCCACCACUGAAAGAUACGUCGAGUUGAAGGCUGGCUUGAAUGAUACUGCUGAUAACUUGUUGAAAGCUAUUGCUAACGACGAAGAGGAAGUCUCACCAUCAACUAUCUUUGCGACCGCUGCUAUCUUGGAAGGAUGCCCGUUCGUCAACGGCUCCCCACAAAACACUUUGGUUCCAGGUGUCAUCGAACUUGCUGAGAAGCACAACGGCGCCGUGAUGGGUGACGAUUUCAAGACUGGACAGACUAAAAUCAAGUCAGUUCUUGCUGACUUCUUGGUCUCUUCUGGACUCAAGUUGCAAUCAAUUGUCUCAUACAACCACCUUGGAAAUAACGACGGAAAGAACUUGAGCUCGCCAAACCAAUUCAGAUCAAAGGAAAUCUCAAAAUCAAAUGUCGUCUCUGAUGUUGUCAAGUCGAACACUAUUAUGUAUAAGAAGGGUGAACAUCCCGACCACGUCAUUGUCAUUAAGUAUGUCCCAUACGUCGGAGACUCUAAGAGAGCUAUGGAUGAGUACACCAGUGAAAUCUUCCUUGGUGGACAUAACACCAUCGCUUUACACAACACAUGCGAAGACUCAUUAUUGGCCGCACCAUUGAUGAUCGACUUGGCUGUCUUGAUGGAGUUCAUGACGAGAAUCACUUACUCAGUCGAAGGAAAGGAAUUCAGCCAUUUCAAUGCAGUUAUGUCAUUCUUGUCUUAUCUCCUUAAGGCCCCAGUCGUACCAAAAGGAACCCCAGUAGUCAACGCUUUGUUCAAACAAAGAGAGUGCUUGGAUAACCUCUUCAGAGCUCUCCUCGGCCUUCCCGCUGAGAAUCACAUGCUCCUUGAAGGAAAGACUCAAAGCUUCUUCUAA